CUCUUUAGACGAAAAUGGUAGCUCUUUAAAUACGCUCAACGAACUCGUACGGCCUAUUUGAUGCCUUCCAUGUCUGCUCUAAAGACGUUACAGUUUUACAAUUUAUCAGUCGACCGAAAGUACAGAAUAGCUAGACAUUAUGGAGAAACUGGAGGCACAUAUUACCGUCGACACUAAGAACUUCGAGCAUCAUCUUGUCUCUGACAACGGCUUUAGACUCUUCGUUUUUAGAGAGCUAAACGAGAUGAGGAAAAAGGACCACUUGUGUGAUGUUGUUAUUGUGACAGACAAUGGAAAUCACCGCCGUUUUGCGGCCCACCGUGCCAUCUUAGCGGCAAGCAGCCGAUAUUUUCAUAAACUUUACAUAGGAACCACUCUUGUACGGUACUCCAGAGAAACCAUAUUGAGUGGAAUCAGCGAAGAGUUACUGGAAAAGUUGCUGGAUUAUAUAUAUACAUCUGAGAUAUGCAUUAAUGGCGAGAAUGUACGCGCUAUUAUACAUACGGCGUUUAGCUUAGGGAUGGAUCUGUUGAUACAGGAGUGUGAAGAUUAUUUAAAUAAACACCUUCACAGCGGGAAUUGUAUCGAGAUGAUGACUUUGGCUCAGAAUUACUCAUGUGAAACGCUUUUACAGAAGUCAAAACGCUGCAUCAGCGAGCACUUUCUCAAGCUUAGCGUUACACAGCCAUUUCAUCGUAUGUCUGCUGACCAGCUACAAUCCAUCAUUGCAGACGACGAUCUGAACAUAACUAAGGAGGAAGAGGUUUACGAGGCUGUGAUUGGCUGGAUUCGGUAUGAUUUUGAACGCAGGAGAGGGCAUUUUGAGAGUCUUUUGAAUCAUGUUCGUCUGUCGUGUUUGUCUAGACGGUAUCUUGUAAGUACUGUAGAAAGAGAACCACUCGUGAUGGCGUCUGACAACUGUAAAGGCCUGGUAUCUGAUGCUUUGGCUUUAAAACUGACCGAGAAAAGAGUGAGCUCCGCUAUGUUGAGUAACAAACGAAAGAGAAGGUGGAGAACAUAUCUAAUGGAAGCUAUAGUCAUUGUUGGAGGUCUGAUGGAAGAUUCUAUCCCAGGCAAAUGUACUAACUGUUACAAUCCUCAAACUGGUAAAUGGUAUUCGCUGGCUAAAGUACGAGACGACAGGUUAAACUUUUGCAUGACGCGUCUUGGGUAUUGGCUGAUUGUUUCUGGUGGUUGCUCAGCUAAAGAGAACCUCCACGUUUUGUCAAAUGCCGAACGCUUUGAUCCAAAGUUUAAUAAAUGGGUGAAAAUUGCAAGCAUGAAUCAAGCUCGCUUUAAGUGUGAAGCAGCCGAAGUCAACGGUAAGAUCUACACCAUUGGCGGAAUCACAAGAAUGGAUUCCCUUGAUGGAUUCUCCGCUAUAGAGUGCUAUGAUCACUUGACAGACUCAUGGACUCAAAAGAGCGCACCUCGUCAGCCUCGACACACGCUCUGCGUUGCAGUUCUCAAUGGAUGUAUCUACAUAAUUGGAGGUAUUUCUCGCUGUAAUACGGUUUUAAGAACCGUCGAACGUUAUGAUCCAAUACACGACCAGUGGAGUACAGUAGCAGGUCUAAAUACACCAAGAAGUGGAGCAUGCGCAGUGGCACUGUCAGGAAAGAUCUACGUGAUGGGAGGGACAUCGAAUAGGGGAAUAGCACUAAAGACGUGCGAAGUUUACCAUGCUAAUCAAGAUAAAUGGUUUUACUGUCAAGACAUGUGCAUUAAACGCGAUAGAGCAGAUUCAGCAGCGUUCGGUGGUAAAAUCUACGUCUUCGGUGGUUCCUAUGGAAACAUAGUAGUCGAUUCAGUAGAAUGCUAUGAUCCAGCAAACGAUAAAUGGAAAAUUUCUACUUAUCUUCCACAUCCAAGGCAUGGGUUCAGGUGUUGUGCUGCAGUCGUGAAUAGAGACUUGAUACAAGAGGUUCAAGCUGGGAAACCUGCCGAUAGAUCAGAGCAACUCAUAUAAAUCUCUAACGUUGUAAGAUACGGAGAAAUCGUUGACGCAAGAGAAGUAGUACAAGUGGUCCAAAUCAUGGACCACGGAGUGGGGUGGGAAGGAUAACUUAAGCGACCAAUUUUUUUUCUUUCAAAAUUGCAACAAGACUUUUCGUAACGUGAAAAACAUUUAGCUCGUUUCCUUCCCCUCAUUCAAAACUUGAAGCUGCGAAGGUACCCUAAUCCUAACCCCAUCAUCAUAACUCAAAACUUCGCAGUCUCUGCAAAUCUCAUCCAAACGCAGACAUUGUAAACGUGCUUUACAGCUUUAUAAACAUGCCGCCCAUGACUGGCAUAUUACAAAGAAGCGGAAUACAUGGAUAAGUCAGUCUAGAAGCAACCAACCACCAAGUCUUUCUGACUAAGAAAAUCAAUUAGUAUAUAUAAACAGUCGGGUAGACUUAAAUAUAUCAUGCAAAUAGUAAUAACUCUAGUAAAACCUGUGGCACUGCGUCUAAUGGGAAAUCAUUGAAAAAGUGCGUGGGAAUAGGUCAGGAUAACAAUCGAGGAAAAAAAAUAUGAAAGGCUUAAAUUUGAUAACUAUUUGUUUAGAUAUUUUGAAAAGUUUUAUUAUUCAUGAAUAUAAUAUAAUAUAUUAAAAUGAUUAAAUAAAUGAUACCAUUUGCUCUUUCUGUGUCUUUUGAGAAUAUGUUUUAAAGAAGCAUAAGACUGAAAUUUAAAAACUAUUUGUUUAGAUAUUUUGAAAAAAUUUGA